AGAGAAGUGCAGACAAGGGUGGAAGACAGGAGAGGAGAGACAGUGAGAGAAACGAGAAUUUAGAAGAAAGAAACAUAAAGAAAAGAAAGCUAGCAGAAAAAAAGAACUGCAGAGAGAGAGAGAGAGAGAAAUAGCUGAAGCGAGUGAGGGCACAGACUGGGAAAAAGAAAGAAAGAAAGAAAGAAGGAGAGGAACUCCCUUCAUCUGGGACAACUUAGUCCAACUGCCGCGCUGGGCUGCUCACACACACACACACACACACACUCUUCUUCCAGUGCACGGCGCACGCACACACGUCCAUUCACACUCUGGGGGCUGCGUGGUGCUGGUCAGAGUUGAGAGCAGAGCUGCGCGGGUCUCUUCAGGGAGCGAGGACUCUCCUCCUUGUUCUUCCAGUCUUCAUUCAGCGGGCUGACCUUCACCGACGCCUCCAUCUCCACGGCCAUCUGUCCUGACAACAGAUAAGGAUUACUCAUUUUGUCGUCUGUUUCUCAGCUUAGGUUUUCGGGGGGGGUUUGUUUUUUGUUGGCUGGUUCUUUUUUUUCGCUGAUACAUUUUGCGCGAACUUUUAUCAUCACAAAACUUGGAGGACAGAGUUGGAAGAAAAAAAGCAAAGCCGGGGCAAUCGAGAGAGGCAAGGAGAUCACAGGAAUUCUAGAAAGAGGGAGAGGGGACACGAGAUACCAGCCAAGAGGUGAGAUACGCUGGGGAAAGGGAAGAGGAAAAUAACAAAGACAGACUGUUUUCUUUACAUCCCUCCAUCAGUGGAUGACAGCUCGAUUUAAAAAGAGCGUUUUGGUCCGAUCUACUACUCCUCUUACCAUCGCCGCUCACCAGCAUCUCAGCAUCUGUCCAUCAGAGGCGCUUCACUGAAACUUUUGCAGUGUUCAACAAAGAACACGCCAAUCAGCGUUCUGGCCUAUCGGCAAGAGCGACCAAUCAGCCGAGCAGCCAAUCAGCCGUCAGCUGCUUCCCGCUCCAGCAUGUCCAGGGUCUUGCCUCUGCUCAGCUGCGUGCUGCUGCUCCUCUACGCCCAGAGCUGCGGCUCGUCCCAGCCCGCCUCCCUGAGCGUGCACGCCCUCCAGCACCCCCACCAGCCCCAGGCGGCGGCGGCGACGUGCCCGUCCUGCGCCCUGGCCAGGAUGCGGAGGAGCGGCGGCGGCGGGACGGAGGAGGAGGAGCGCGGGGCCAUGGAGGAGGCGCAGCAGGACGUGGUGGAGGCGGUGAAGAGGCACAUCCUCAACAUGCUGCACCUGGAGGACCGGCCCAACAUCACGCGGCCGGUGCCCCGCGCUGCGCUCCUCAACGCGCUGCGCAAGCUGCACGUGGGCCGCGUGGCCGCCGACGGCAGCGUGCAGAUCGAGGGGGAGGAGGAAGGGAGAGGAAGAGGAGGAGGAGGAGGCAGGGGAGGAAGAGGUGGAGGAGGUGGAGGAGCGGCGGAGGCAGGAGCCGGAGUAGGGGGAGAGGGGGACUCCGGCGAGCCGACGGAGACCACCGAGAUUAUCACCUUCGCCGAGGCUGGAGACUCCCCGGGCGUGAUCAACUUCAUGCUGUCCAGGGAGGGCGGCGAGCCCUCCCUGGUGGAGCAGGCCAACGUUUGGCUCUUCCUCCGCCUGGCCAAGAACAACCGCAACCGCGCCAAGGUCACCAUCCGGCUGAUCCAGCAGCACCCGGCGGGGCCCGGGGCGCCCGCCCAGGCCCAGGGCGACGUCCUGCUGGCCCAGAAGACGGUGGACACCCGCCGCAGCGGCUGGCACACCUUCCCCGUGUCGGGGGCGGUGCAGGCCCUCCUGGAGGCCAGUGCCACGGCCGCGCCGCUCAGCCUGCGUGUGUCCUGCCCGCAGUGCGCCGGUCUGGGCGCCACCACCGUGCUGGUGUCGGGCCGGGCGUCCCAGCGGGAGCAGUCCCACCGGCCCUUCCUGAUGGCGGUGGUGCGGCCUGGCGUGGACGGCGAGCCGCGGCGGCGCCGGCGCCGGGGGCUGGAGUGCGACGGCAAGGUGCGCGUGUGCUGCAAGCGGCAGUUCUACGUCAACUUCAAGGACAUCGGCUGGAACGACUGGAUCAUCGCGCCGCCGGGCUACCACGCCAACUACUGCGAGGGCGAGUGUCCGUCGCACGUGGCCAGCAUCACGGGCUCCUCGCUGUCCUUCCACUCCACCGUCAUCAACCACUACCGCAUGCGGGGCUACAGCCCCUUCCAGAGCAUGCGCUCCUGCUGUGUGCCCACGCGCCUGCGGCCCAUGUCCAUGCUGUACUACAACGAGGAGCAGAAGAUCGUCAAGAAGGACAUCCAGAACAUGAUCGUGGAGGAGUGCGGCUGCUCGUAA